UCCUAGGAGUGCCCGUAAGGGAGGAAGGGUCUCUGCCACCCUUAGGGUCUGCCGGGUCCUAGCUCUUCCCUCCACCCACCUCACCCUGAGUCGGGUCCAGGCCACCACUCAUGUGUACGUGACCAUCGUGGAUGAGAACGAUAAUGCACCUGUGUUCCAGCAGCCCCACUACGAGAUCUUACUGGACGAGGGCCCAGACACAAUCAAUGCUAGCCUCAUCACCAUCCAGGCACUAGACCUGGAUGAGGGGCCCAAUGGCACAGUUAACUACGCCAUUGUCACAGGCAACAUCAUCAACACCUUCCGUAUCGACAGACACACGGGCAUCAUCAGUGCUGCCAAGGAGCUGGACUAUGAGAUUAGCCAUGGCCGCUACACUCUGAUGGUCACUGCCACGGACCAGUGCCCCAUCUUAUCUCACCGCCUCACCUCUACCACCACGGUGCUUGUGAACGUGAACGACAUCAAUGACAAUGUGCCCACCUUCCCCCGAGACUACGAGGGGCCAUUUGACGUCACCGAGGGCCAGCCGGGGCCCCGAGUGUGGACCUUCCUGGCCCAUGACCAGGACUCAGGCCCCAACGGGCAGGUGGAAUACAGCAUCGUGGACGGAGACCCUCUGGGCGAGUUUGUGAUCUCUCCUGUGGAGGGGGUGCUGCGUGUCCGGAAGGAUGUGGAGCUGGAUCGGGAGACCAUUGCCUUUUACAACCUGACCAUCUGUGCCCGCGACAGAGGGGUGCCUCCACUUAGCUCCACGAUGCUGGUGGGGAUUCGCGUGCUGGACAUCAAUGACAAUGACCCCGUGCUGCUGAAUCUGCCCAUGAACAUCACCAUCAGUGAGAAUAGCCCCGUCUCCAGCUUCGUCGCCCACAUCCUGGCCAGUGACGCUGACAGCGGGUGCAACGCCCUCCUCACCUUCAACAUCACUGCAGGCAACCGAGAGCGGGCCUUCUCCAUCAAUGCCACGACAGGGGUCAUCACCGUGAACCGGCCACUGGACCGUGAGCGGAUCCCCGAGUACAAGCUGACCGUUUCCGUGAAGGACAACCCGGAGAACCCACGCAUAGCCAGGAGGGAUUUUGACUUGCUGCUGGUCUUUCUGGCAGACGAGAAUGACAACCAUCCCCUCUUUACCCAGAGCACCUACCAGGCAGAGGUGAUGGAGAACUCUCCCGCUGGGACCCCCCUCACGGUGCUCAAUGGGCCCAUCCUGGCCCUGGACGCGGAUCUGGACGUCUACGCCGUGGUGACCUACCAGCUGCUGGGCUCCCAGGGUGGCCUCUUCGACAUCGACAACAGCACGGGCGUGGUGACGGUGAGGUCAGGUGUUAUCAUUGACCGGGAAGCCUUCUCACCCCCGGUCCUGGAGCUGCUGCUGCUGGCUGAGGACAUUGGGCUACUCAAUGGCACAGCCGACCUGCUGGUCACCAUACUGGAUGACAAUGACAACUGGCCCACCUUUAGCCAUCCCACCCUCACAGUCCACCUGCUGGAGAACUGUCCACCAGGAUUCUCAGUCCUUCAGGCCACAGCCACGGACAGGGACAGUGGCCUCAAUGGGGAGCUGAUCUACCGAAUAGAAGCUGGGGCUCAGGACCGCUUUGUCAUCCACCCAGUCACUGGGGUCAUCCGUGUCGCCAACGCCACCAUCGACAGGGAGGAGCAGGAAUCCUACCGGCUGACAGUGGUGGCCACCGACAGGGGCACCGUUCCUCUCUCAGGCACAGCCAUCAUCACCAUCCUUAUCGACGAUAUCAAUGACUCCCGUCCUGAGUUCCUCAACCCCAUCCAGACGGUGAGCGUGCUGGAGUCGGCUGAGCCAGGCACUGUCAUUGCCAACGUCACCGCCAUUGACCGCGACCUCAACCCAAAGCUGGAGUACCACAUCAUCGGCAUCGUGGCCAAGGACGACACUGACCGCCUGGUGCCUGACCAGGAGGAUGCCUUUGCUGUGAAUAUCAACACAGGGUCUGUAAUGGUGAAGUCCCCACUGAACCGGGAGCUGGUUGCCACCUAUGAAGUCACUCUCUCAGUGAUCGACAAUGCCAGUGACCUACCAGAGCGCUCUGUCAGCGUGCCAAAUGCCAAGCUGACAGUCAACAUCCUGGACGUCAAUGACAAUACGCCCCAGUUCAAACCCUUCGGGAUCACCUAUUACACCGAGCGGAUUCUGGAGGGGGCCACCCCAGGCACCACACUCAUUGCCGUGGCAGCUGUGGACCCCGACAAGGGCCUCAAUGGGCUGAUCACCUACGCUCUGCUGGACCUGACGCCCCCAGGCUAUGUCCAGCUGGAAGACUCCUCAGCAGGGAAAGUCAUUGCCAACCGGACAGUGGACUACGAAGAAGUACACUGGCUCAACUUUACCGUGAGGGCCUCAGACAACGGGUCUCCGCCCCGGGCAGCUGAGAUCCCUGUCUACCUGGAGAUCGUGGACAUCAAUGACAACAACCCCAUCUUUGACCAGCCUUCCUACCAGGAGGCCGUCUUUGAGGAUGUGCCUGUGGGCACAGUCAUCCUGACAGUCGCUGCGACUGAUGCCGACUCAGGCAACUUUGCCCUCCUUGAGUACAGCCUGGGGGAUGGAGAGGGCAAGUUUGCCAUCAACCCCGCUACGGGUGACAUCUAUGUGCUAUCCUCUCUGGACCGGGAGAAGAAGGACCACUAUAUUCUGACUGCCUUGGCCAAAGACAACCCUGGAGAUAUAGCCAGCAACCGCCGAGAAAAUUCGGUGCAGGUGGUGAUCCAGGUGCUAGACGUCAAUGACUGCCGGCCACAGUUCUCCAAGCCCCAGUUCAGCACAAGCGUGUAUGAGAAUGAGCCGGCAGGCACCUCAGUCAUCACCAUGAUGGCCACCGACCAGGAUGAGGGUUCCAAUGGGGAGCUGGCCUACUCACUUGAGGGCCCUGGCGUGGAGGCCUUCCACGUGGACAUAGACUCAGGCCUGGUGACCACAAAGCGGCCACUGCAGUCCUACGAGAGGUUCAACCUGACCGUGGUGGCCACGGAUGGCGGACAGCCUCCACUCUGGGGCACCACCAUGCUCCUGGUGGAGGUCAUCGACGUCAAUGAUAACCGCCCCGUCUUCGUGCGCCCGCCCAACGGCACCGUCCUCCACAUCAGAGAGGAGAUCCCGCCGCGCUCCAAUGUAUAUGAGGUCUAUGCCACAGACAAGGACGAGGGCCUCAACGGGGCCGUGCGCUACAGCUUUCUGAAGACGGCCGGCAACCGGGACUGGGAGUACUUCACCAUCGACCCCAUAAGCGGCCUCAUCCAGACCGCUCAGCGCCUGGACCGCGAGAAACAGGCUGUGUACAGCCUCAUCCUGGUGGCUAGCGACUUGGGCCAGCCAGUGCCAUACGAGACCAUGCAGCCGCUGCAAGUGGCCCUGGAGGACAUCGACGACAACGAACCUCUCUUUGUGAGGCCCCCGAAAGGCAGCCCCCAGUACCAGUUGCUGACAGUGCCUGAGCACUCGCCACGUGGCACCCUCGUGGGCAACGUGACAGGCGCCGUGGAUGCGGACGAGGGCCCCAACGCCAUCGUGUACUACUUCAUUGCAGCCGGCAACGAAGAGAAGAACUUCCACCUGCAGCCUGACGGGCGUCUGCUGGUGCUGCGGGACCUGGACCGGGAGCGUGAAGCCGUCUUCUCCUUCAUCGUCAAGGCCUCAAGCAAUCGCAGCUGGACACCUCCCCGUGGGCCCUCCCCAGCCCUCGACCUGGUCACUGACCUCACCCUGCAGGAGGUGCGCGUCGUGCUAGAAGACAUCAACGACCAGCCCCCGCGCUUCACCAAGGCUGAGUACACUGCAGGAGUGGCCACCGAUGCCAAGGUGGGCUCAGAGUUGAUCCAGGUGCUGGCCCUGGACGCAGACGUUGGCAACAACAGCCUGGUCUUCUACAGCAUCCUGGCCAUCCACUACUUCCGGGCCCUUGCCAAUGACUCUGAGGACGUGGGCCAGGUCUUCACCAUGGGGAGUGUGGACGGCAUCCUGCGUACCUUUGACCUCUUCAUGGCCUACAGCCCUGGCUACUUUGUGGUGGACAUUGUGGCCCGGGACCUCGCAGGCCACAAUGACACGGCCAUCAUCGGCAUCUAUAUCCUGAGGGAUGACCAGCGUGUUAAGAUCGUCAUUAACGAGAUCCCCGACCGCGUGCGUGGCUUUGAGGAGGAGUUCAUCCGCCUGCUCUCCAAUAUCACCGGUGCCAUUGUCAACACUGAUGACGUGCAGUUCCAUGUGGACAAGAAGGGUCGGGUGAACUUCGCACAGACAGAGCUGCUCAUCCACGUGGUGAAUCGCGACACCAACCGCAUCCUGGACGUGGACCGGGUGAUCCAGAUGAUUGACGAGAACAAGGAGCAGCUGCGGAACCUCUUCCGGAACUACAAUGUCCUGGACGUGCAGCCUGCCAUCUCUGCCCGCUUGCCCGACGACAUGUCCGCCCUGCAGAUGGCGAUCAUUGUCUUGGCCAUUCUCCUCUUCCUGGCUGCCAUGCUGUUCAUCCUCAUGAACUGGUACUACAGGACCGUACACAAGAGGAAGCUCAAAGCCAUUGUGGCUGGCUCGGCAGAACUUCUCCCUACAGGAAAUCGUGGUUUCAUUGACAUCAUGGACAUGCCCAACACCAACAAGUAUUCCUUCGACGGGGCCAACCCCGUGUGGCUGGAUCCUUUCUGCCGGAACCUGGAGCUGGCCGCCCAGGCUGAGCAUGAGGACGACCUGCCGGAGAACCUGAGUGAGAUCGCAGACCUAUGGAAUAGCCCCACCCGCACCCAUGGAACUUUUGGGCGUGAACCAGCAGCAGUCAAGCCUGAUGAUGACCGGUACCUGCGGGCAGCCAUCCAAGAGUACGACAACAUUGCCAAGCUGGGCCAGAUCAUUCGGGAGGGACCCAUCAAGCUGAUCCAGACUGAGCUGGAGGAGGAGCCAGGGGAGCACAGCCCCGGUCAGGGCAGCCUGCGCUUCCGCCAUAAGCCGCCGACAGAGCUCAAGGGGCCUGACGGGAUCCACGCGGUGCACGGCAGCACGGGCACUCUGCUGGCCACUGACCUUAACAGCCUGCCGGAGGACGACCAGAAGGGCCUGGGUCGCUCACUGGAGACGCUGACCACAGCUGAAGCCAGUGCCUUUGAGCGCAACGCCCGCACAGAGUCAGCCAAAUCUACACCCCUGCACAAGCUUCGUGAUGUGAUCCUGGAGAGCCCCCUGGAGAUCACAGAGCUAUGACCAGACGGGAGCCUCGCCGGUGUGAGCAGCACCUGCCCCCAUCUCUCCCAGGGCAGGGCAGAGCAGGACCACAGUGUGGGCCCCUCCCCAGGCUGGCUCUGGGCGCACGACCUCGGGCUGGCCUGGUGGCAGCCCGCACCAGCUGCUCAGAUUCCACUUCUGCCAGAUGCCCAUUCAGCACCUGACCUCUAUCUUCAUAAAAUUUGUUAUUUUUUUAAGAAAACCAAACAAAAAUGUUAAGCAUCUAAGGACACAGGUAAGGAGGGUCACCGGGGGCUCAGGAGCGUGAGGACCAACUCAGCCCAGGCUGAGCUCUUAAGAGGCCAAGCGGGGCCUCUUCCCCUCCCCUCCCCCCGACGUUCAGACCAGAAGAGGGAGGCCCAGAGCUGGAGUACCCUGCCUGGCCUUGGCUCCCUGACUUCAGUUCAAGUCCCAAUGCAUUUCUAGCACAUCCCCAGCUGGACAUCCAGCUAGGGGCUGACAGUGAUCCCUGCCUCCCCACAUGGACAUGGUCAACGUCGGCGAACCACGUUCUCUACAUUUCACUGGCUUCCCAAAUGUGCCCGGCUCCUAAAGAGAAAUGACUGGUGUUCUCUUGGGUUCUGAAUGUGUUUGUGUGUAUUCCUUUUUUAAAUUAAGUUAUUCCCUUAACAUUUUCCCCUUGAUUUUGUUUAACUGGUACUCACUGAACGUUUCUGGAAUGGUCUGAAUUUUAAAUAAGAAAAGCAACUCACAAGGAAUCAGUAAUUCAAUUCA